UCCAGGGAAGGCUGCGCGCGUCCUUCCCGUGGUCUCCGUAGCGGACCAGUCAGACGGCAUCAGCGGCACCGCGGAGCUGCGCGCAGGACAGACGGAGCUGGACAGAGCACACCUGGUCGGCGCAUGUGUUUGCUCACAUUUCUUUCCUGUCUUCUAUUCUGCUGCGUGUCCGAUGCUGGAUGCUGGAUGCAAUCCAUCCGCGUGUCAACAACACACCUCUAACGGACCAACCAUGGACAGUCUAGGCAGCCGCUGUAAGAUUGUGGUGGUCGGGGACACGCAAUGUGGGAAAACAGCACUCCUGCACGUUUUUGCCAAGGACUGCUAUCCAGAGAACUACGUGCCUACGGUGUUCGAAAACUACACAGCCAGCUUUGAGAUAGACAAGCACCGGAUUGAGCUGAACAUGUGGGACACGUCAGGUUCCUCUUAUUACGACAACGUGAGGCCACUGGCGUAUCCUGACGCCGACGCAGUUCUCGUCUGUUUCGACAUCAGCCGCCCAGAGACUUUGGACAGUGUCAUAAAGAAGUGGCAGGGAGAGACACAGGAGUUUUGUCCCAAUGCCAAAGUGGUGCUGGUGGGCUGUAAGCUGGACAUGAGGACAGACGUCAGCACCCUGAGGGAGCUCUCCAAGCAGCGCCUCAUCCCCGUCACCCACGAGCAGGGCAGCACCGUAGCUCGUCAGAUGGGGGCGGUGGCCUACGUAGAGUGCACAUCCAAGGUUUCGGAGAACAGCGUUCGGGACGUGUUCCACGUCACCACGGUGGCGUCGGUGCGGCGGCCCCACAAGCCGCAGCUAAAGCGCAGCAGUUCCCGCAGAGGCCUGAAGCGAGUGUCACAGCUACCCCUGCCACCCCUGCCGGGUCGGACUGAGCAAAUAGACGAGGCCCCAACCAUGAGGAAGGACCGGGCCAAGAGCUGUGUACUCAUGUAGAGACCCAUCACUAUAAAUAUAUAUAUAUAUAUAUAUGUAUAUACAUAAACACAGAAAUAUAUAAACCAGAGGAAGUCUAUUUAUUGUUUUUUUUUCGGUUGUUGUAGUUUUCUUUUCUUUUUUUGCACUGCAAGAGGAGCGAUGAAAAAAGAAACACUGCGCUGUGGAAUGAAAUGCUUUGGACUUUUGAAAUGUUUUGUUGCGUGUGUGCAUAUAUUCUAAGCUGUUUACAUAUGUGUGUUUUUUAAAAUGAUGGCAAAUUGGACUAACCCUCUGGACACGAGAGAAAGCUGUGAUAGUGCAAAUGCCGUCUGGUCCCGGGCAUUAAAGAAAAGUGAAUUUCCUGAAAGUGCUCUAAUAGGAGGAUGCCACCGCGGUGAUGCAGCAGUGAGAGGCGCUGAAGCUGUGAGGAGGACCAUGUUGAAGCUGGACUAUAGAGACAACGCUUGCUGCUCAGUGAACAUGAGCCCUAAUUAUCUUGCUGUGCUGUCUGAAGUUGCUUCCUGUUGCCAUACUUGAGGGGAAAUGUACAGUAAUGCUGAAAAGGGAUGGUAGUGAUGAGAUGAAUGAUGGCUCAAACCAAACAUUGGGAGCUGGAAAUGAGAUUUCGUAACACUGAAAUAUUGUGAAGGUGUGUGCGAGCAUUACUACCACACGUGCAUUUUAGAAGUCACAACAUGUCUGAUUUUAUUUUGCCAUUUUUCUCAAUAACUCCAACUUUGUCAGUUUGAUUCACUGAUGUUAAUGCUGUUGUAUCUAUUCUAUUUUAUAGAUGUUUCU